GGCGGGGCGGGGCGGGGCGUCCCGGCGGCGCGAGCGGGCGGCGGCGGCGGCGGCGGCGGCGCUUCUCCUCCGCGGCCCUCCCGCCUCGCCCGGCGCCAUGUGCGAGCCCGGCAAGCAGGACAUCGCCGCCAUCUUCAAGCGGCUCCGCUCCGUCCCCACCAACAAGGUAUGUUUUGACUGUGGAGCGAAGAACCCUAGCUGGGCAAGCAUAACAUACGGAGUUUUUCUCUGUAUUGAUUGUUCAGGGACCCAUCGAUCACUUGGUGUUCAUUUGAGUUUCAUUCGAUCUACAGAACUGGAUUCCAAUUGGUCUUGGUUUCAGCUAAGAUGCAUGCAAGUUGGAGGAAAUGCAAAUGCUUCUGCUUUCUUCCAUCAACAUGGAUGCACAACAAAUGAUACCAAUGCAAAGUACAACAGUCGUGGUGCUCAGCUUUACAAGGAGAAGAUUAAAUCUCUUGCCACACAGGCAACAAGAAAGCAUGGUACUGAUCUGUGGAUAGAUGGAUGUGGAAUGCCACCUGUGUCACCUCAAAACAAAGAGGAAGACUUUUUUGCAUCCCAUGUUUCUCCCAAGGCAAAGAGUACAGAGUGGGUGUUAUCAGACCCAGAACCAGUUUCUCUACAGCAGCAAACUUCAGAAAAUAUUCCAGAAUGCCAUGAAGGACCAGAACAUGGACCAAGUGUUGAUUGCCUUAGCACAUCACCGAAAGCUGCAUUAGAGAACACCUCCUUCAUAAAAAAGAAGCCAACUCAAGCUAAGAAGGGGCUUGGUGCCAAAAAAGGUGGCUUGGGGGCACAAAAAGUGAGCAGCCAAAGCUUUAAUGAGGUCGAAAAACAAGCACAAGCUGUAGAUAAAAUGAAGGAACAAGAGGAUCUUCAUAGUAGUAAAAAAACUGAGAAGGAAGAGCCACUUGUAUCAUCGUUACGAUUGGCCUACAGAGAUCUUGAUAUUAAAACAAAAGAAGAGAAGUUAAAUCUGUCUGGUAAGAAGAAAAAUGAAUUGGAGAGACUUGGUAUGGGAUUUGGCAGCAACAGAAGUGGCAUUUCUCACUCAGUCACCUCAGAUAUGCAAACAAUAGAGCAGGAAACACCUGCAAUUGCAAAACCGAAGAAAAAGUACACUGAUGAUGUCGAAGACUCAUAUUUCUCUUCUAGUUCAAGGUACUAUGAUUCUUCAGAUUUGAGGAGCAACACUUUCUCUAAAUGGGAUGACAAUUCAGAUUCUUUUUGGAAGAAAGAAAAUAAUAGUAGAGAUGUUGAUAUAAUGUUAACUUCAAAAAGUACAGGAUUUUCAGACAGACCUGCAUCUCGUCGUAAGCCUGACUAUGAACCGUCCUUAAACACAGAUGAGGCACAAAAAAAAUUUGGCAAUAUAAAAGCAAUUUCAUCGGACAUGUAUUUUGGAAGGCAGGAUCAUGCUGAUUAUGAAGCAAGGGCUCGACUAGAAAGACUUUCUGGAAGCUCAUCUAUAAGUUCAGCUGACUUGUUCGAAGAUCAGAAAAAACAACCAACAGGAAGCUACAAUAUUACAAAUGUCUUGCCUUCAGCACCUGAUAUAGCUCAGUUUAAACAAGGAGUGAAAUCAGUGGCUGGAAGACUUUCUGUACUUGCUAAUGGGGUCAUGACAUCUAUACAGGAUCGAUAUGGUUCAUAACAUCUUUUGUAUUGACAUUCUACACUAAAGAAGGAUUUCUCUUCAUAUACACAAGUAAUCACACUGCUGAUUCAAAUGAAGGUUGCCUUAAGACUGAUGUUUUUACUUGUUCCAGCAUAUUUGUUUCCUUGUGCAGCUUUCUGGUUCAGCCUCUUCUUACUGCUAUUUCAUCUUACAGAGCAGAAAUCUUGUAGCAACUUGUUACAUUGCAUAUGCUCUUUGUUUGGUUUUGUUUUUUUUUUUUUUUUCUCCUUUACAGUCUUGUAUUUCUUAGCGACCUUAAUGUUAGAUGUUGGAAACUUUAUGUUAUUACUGCUUUUGGCUGUGAGGCAGGAAAGAGAAAGAGGGGUGAACAUGUGCAUUGGAAAUGAGGCUUCCUAAUGGGAACCUCAGUGCUGUUGCAUUCUUACCUGCCAGACAUAACUUGUCUUCUGACUGUCUUACGAGCUGUGGAGAAGAAAAUGUAAAUUAAGCAUAUGGUGAGGUGGUAUUUAGUGGACUGUAGCAAAAUAUAAAAUUCAGUUAAACCUGUGCUUGUCAGGAAGUAGAAGAAGCUCUUGCAGUCAUAAGUUGUUGUGCAUUAAAAUGAUGGGGAAUUAGUGUUUUAAAACAAUAUUCCUGCUAGAAAAUUGUGUGCUUAGAUGUGAGGUAUGGAGAAGACAAGACACAUGGUAUAUUGAAUAGUGGAUUUCAUCUUGUCAUGGGAAUAACGUAUUUAUUCCUAGUUUUUAACAUUACAAAAAAUUGCAAUAUAGAAUCCUUAAGUGCUUUUUAACAAUCUGUGUUGUGUACAAAUUGAAAAAAAAAAGGAGCCUAAUAGAGUAGUUAAUUAAAUACUUAUUAAAAAUGUUUAGAACAAUCUUAGUUUUUUGAUAAAUUAUGAAAUAUUGAAUGAGGAAGUAGCAAGGCUGUGUUUUAGACAGUCUAGAAUUUAUUGCUAAUGACAUCCUUUAUAAAAAUGAUUAUGAACUUAAAGAAAAAAACCUCACAACCAAGAAUGAGCUCAAGCUAAUUCCAUACUGUAACUUUGUUUCUCAAUUCAAAUUUGUAAACUGCUGAUAUCUAAUAAAAACAAUUGAUAUAAA